AGAGAUAAGAGAGCAAGGGAAUCCACACAACCCAAGAGAGAAGGAAUGAGGAGAGCAGUCCGCAGGUUCGUUCUUCAGUGCGUAGCUCUGAUUGUUUGAGCCAUAACUUGAGAUUUACUCAUCCAAAUAAGGCGUGCGAGAUACCAACAGAAAGCUCUCAAGACGAGGAAUCCGUGAAGGUCUGGUUUGCAUCAAUCGGAGUAGUGGAAGGCGUCCAAAUCGACCGAGCAAAACACGACCUCGCAGAAUACGUUUUUGUAUUCAAAGUUAGGGAACGAAUUCGUCGGGAAACACCCGUUCUAGGGACUGUUUUUGCAUUUUCGGUUAGGAGUUGAACUAGCACUUUGAGGGGGCUGUUUAACACUCAAUUCCAAGCAAGGAAUCAGUUCUCAAUCUUCCUUGGCCGAGGCUUUGGUCAUUGGAUCGAGAAGGAAAGUUUUAAAGCUCAUUUGAGGUUGAGGCUAGAGCUUGCAUCCUGUGCUCGUUGACCGAGUGAUUCCUAGGAGAGAAGACUUGAAAUGGACCGUGGUGGCAGGAUUACUAGGAGAAACCCGACGGGCCGUGUACCAGUGGAGACUGGACAGGGCAGUCGAAGGACCUCUAGGGCAUCUAGAGGAGCUGGCCGUGGAGGCCGAUCACAGACCGUGAGUGACGGUCAUGUUGACACAGAAAGUGAGACCUACUGGUCCUAUGAGGACUCGACUUACCAACCGGAGACCGAGCCGGUUGAGACCCCUUACGAAGGGGAUGACGAUGAAGUAAGUGAUGAAGAAGGGGAGAAUGACUCCCUAUCCAGAAUUGAGGCGCUGCUCCAGCAAUAUCAGCGGGAGCGCGAGGAAAGGAGGGAACGCCGAAGGCGCCGAGGAGGGCGAACUUCGGGUGGGGCUUCAAGAGGAAGAAGCCAUGGCGACUCUAGGGCCCACAUUGAACCACAUGGGGGUCGGGGUGAUGGAGGUCCGACCAUAAGGAUCUCCAAAUACCUCAAAGAGGCACGAGACUUGGGGUGCAAACCCUUCAACGGAGCGGGUGACAUCUCGGUCGCCGCGGAAUGGGUCAAGAGGUUGAACGAAGCAGCCCUUGAUAUGCAACUCACCCCCGAAUUUAAACUAAGGGUAGCGGUGAGAUUGCUUGAAGGGAUGGCAUCCACGUGGUGGGACGGAGCCAAGGGAAAGUAUGGCAAUACCGUGACUUGGGAGAACUUCCGACAGGAGUUCUUUGCCCAAUACUAUUCUGAUUUUGAGGUGAACAAUAAGAGGAGAGAGUAUACCCUCCUAACCCAAGGUGGCAAGAUGACAGUGAGGCAACUUGAACACAAAUUCAGGGAACUCGCGGAGUUCAUACCGGAGUAUGUCUGUGAUGAGAAUCGGAUGGUAAAUCACUUCUGGGAUGCCUUAGACUUGGAGGUGCGUGAGAGGGCAACGCAGUUGCCUAACAUGACCUUUAGCCAGGUGGUCGAGCAGGGAUUGAAAGGGGAGAAGGAAUGGGAAGAAAGAAAGAUGAAGAACGCCGAAGAGGCGAAGAAGAGAAAAUGGGAGAGUCACGGCUCCCAAGGUUCCAACAAAAAGGGGAACCAUGGAGGGGGAUCUUUCCGUGCACCGCCGCCACAAUCUAGGGGGAACCAGGGCUCGAGCAGGCAUGACUCGGGGUCACAAGCCUCGGGGACGCCUCGUUGCUUGAAUUGCAAGAAGAGUCACCUCGGAAAAUGCCGUGAACCUCCUAGGUGUUUCCAGUGCGGGAACGCCGGGCAUUUGAAGGCGCAUUGCCCACAAUUGGGUGGGCCAAGGUCAUCGGGACCAAGUAGCGGGGCUACGGGAACAAGAAACCAAGCCGGGGGGUUCCCAAGUAACCAGAGGGCAAGGGGGAGCAAGCGCGAGCAACGCGCCAUCCGUGAACCAAGGAAGGACCCAGGCUAGGGUCUACGCGAUGACGGAGGCGGAUGCUCAAGCUAACCCGGAUUCCGUUGCAGGUAUUGCCUCUCGUAUACUAGUGUUUUAUCCUUAAUUAGUCCAUAAAUUGAGGUUACUAAUUGUUAGGAUCAUUGCACGAAGCUUUAGGGUCGAAUCGGGGGGAUUUCGGGUCAUUUCGGGCUGAUUUUGCCCAGGCACGGUCGUGCCUAAGGCACGCACGAUCGUGCCUACAAGGCAGUAGCUGCCUGCGCGUUUCCCCGACCCAGGCACGGUCGUGCCUAAGGCACGCACGAUCGUGCCUGCAAGGCAGUGUCUGCCUGCGAAAUUCCCGACCCAGGCACGAUCGUGCCUGAGGCACGCACGAUCGUGCCUCCAAGGCAGUAGCGCCCAGG